AAUGCACGAGACGCGUACUCAAGAAAACUGCUUCAAAAGUGCGGUUGCGCUCUUCGAGCGACAUGUGUCCCUGAAUAGAAGAUCGAAAGAGGAAUUGAAAUCUGCUUGUCCGCAGUCAUAUGAGGAAUGCGGAGACGCCAGCCCUAGAGUUCUACCGCGAUGAGGAAAAAUACGACGCCUGGAUGGAUUCACGUGGUCGAUCACGCGUUCGCCCUGCUCGUGUCAUGUCCUCUGGUCUCUUUGCUUUGGUGGGGAGGAUUCAGCCUCACGGAUCGCUACAUCCACCAGACGGAACAACCAGCGGGCUAUUGCUUCUCUUUCGUUCUCGGGUCUCUCGUCCUCCAGAACGCUCAUUUGGUCGCUUCUGAUCUCGCCGAGCUUACGAGAAGAUGUCCGGUCACAGGCCAAAUAUUGGAACGAUUGGCUAGUGCUCUGCUCAUUGUUUCGGUCAUUUUCCAAUGGGACGGCCUUUGGAGCCUAUUGGACUUCUUCAUGGGAGAAACUAAGGUAUCGUGCCUCAUCUGCUGGGCUAUAGGUACUACCGUGCUCGUGAUGGCCAAGGUACACAACAAUGUCGUUUCUGGCGUUCCCUACAUCUUGCGACCAGAUAGCUCGCGAAGCUUAUUCGAAUUCGAGUCGCGUUUCUUGAUUCAGGAGCUGCAGGAGAAUCGCCUCAAGAGUUUCAUGGAUCACGCCUUCUCCGUGUUCGUUGUGCAACCUGCAAUCGUUCUCAUCUGGAGAGCCGCAUGGAAUGUUCAGGAUUACUGCUUAUUCCCCUCGGACCCAGAAUUCUCAGCCAAUGUUUCUUACCUCGCUGGUACCUUCGUGACAGUGCUACAAUUCUGCCUACAAAAUUUCAUGACGAACUGGAUGGAGAAGUCGAGCGUUUUCGAGCGUCAUGUAAUCGCGUUCAUUUGGAGGCAGAUGGCUGUGUGCUCCUCAGUCACCCUGUGGCGCGGGCAGUGGGUCUGGUUUUCCAUUUGGAUGGACAAUAUCUACAUUACGAGUUUCGUCACUCUAGCCUCAGCUUUCGUCCUUCUCACUCUCAACCUCGGAACGCUGUCUUUCCAACUGGGCGCUGUCCCUGAUACCGCGCUCAAGUCGUCAGCGGACUGUAUGCGAUUCCAAAUCGGAUACUUCAGCUUGAUCUGGCAGGAGCGGUCUGAAUAUCGGCCCUCGAAAAUGGCGGCGAAGUGCUCAAUCGAAUCCGAAUCUCCGACGUCAUUGAAAGAUGCCCCGCAACAGCAUGUCAUUUACGAAAUGAGUGGACCCUGA